AAUUUAUCAGCAUAUGAACAAGGAAAACAAGUACAUGUUUACAUCUCGCUGGCAACUCUCUUGUCAACAUGCACGCCAAAUGUGGAAGCAUAGAUAAUGCAGAGCAUGCUUUCUCUGAGAUUCGCGAGAGAAGUAUGGUCUCAUGGUCUGCGAUGGUCGGGGGACUUGCCCAACAUGGACAUGGGAGAGAGGCCAUAGUUGUUCAAUUGGACGAUAGGAGAUGGUAUAUCUCCCAAUCACAUAUAACUUCAGUUAGUGUCCUUUCCGCUUACAAUCAUGCAGGUCUGGUAGCUGCAGCGAAAAAAUACUUGGAAUCAAUGAAAAGGUCGUUUAGAAUUGAACCUCUUCAAGAGCAUUAUGCUUGCAUGAUUGAUAUCCUUGGCAGGGCAGGCAGAUUAGAUGAGGCAGUCGAGCUUGCAAAUAAAAUGCCUUUUCAAGCAAAAGGACCAGCUUGGGGGGGACUUCUUAGUGCUACUCGAAUCCAUAAGAGAAUGAUGAGAUUGGGAAACAAGCUGCUGAGAUGCUUCUGGCUCUUGAACCUGCUGAAAAAUUUGGAACCCAUGCUCUCCUUGCAAACAUAUAUACGUAGAACUUGGAACACUGUUUCAGGGGAUGCCUUUUAUGCCUUCUCAGGAGAGUUCAAUUUAAUACUGAACCUUGUGCUGAUCAACCUUGAGAAGACUCCUCAUUGCCAUGGCAUUGUUGUUAGCCUAUCCCCAUACAUAGAUCCUGGUCUAUUCCUCUAUCAUGGAUAAUACAAGCCUCAGGAAUAGAACUUUCCUCAAACAUGCAUUGUCACACUAGAAGCAGAGUAAUCAAAACAGGGUUCCAUUCUACCCUAUUGGAGUAGUGUACACAAGUGAGAACAUGCUCCCUUAACAGGGUCCCAUUUCAUGAAUGGUUAGCACUUAGCACCAUAUAAAAUACAGGGUAAUGU